AUGGCUGCGGUGAUCAACGAAAUGCCUAAAAGAAAGAAGGAGCAACAUCAUGAUGAUGAUAAUGUCUCAUUGUCACAUAAUAUUAAGAAACCUCGUCGUGUGGUUUGGUCUGAUGAUCUUCAUGCAAAGUUUGUUGAUGCUGUUAACCUUAUUGGCAUUUCAAAUUCAAAGGUUGUUCCGAGUAAAAUAGUUGCUUUAAUGAAUGUUGAUGGAAUUACUACUGCUCAUGUCGCUAGCCAUCUCCAGAAAUAUAGACACAAAAAGAAAAAGGCUGAACAUGAAGCUGAUAGAGAUAGGGUUCCUUCAACACUCAUUCAACCUACUCAAUCUCAAAACAUCAUCCACAUGAGUGGAGUUACUCCUUCAACACUAAUUCAAUCUCAAAAUAUCAACAUCCAUCCACCACCAUCCACUUUUCCUACAUAUCAUUACACCUCUAGUCUUCCAACUCCACUUGGAUUUCCAACAACCUUCCACGACUUCCAUGGAUCAUCUGCUUCUUCAACACCUAUUCAACCUAUUCCUUCUCAAACUAUCAACACCUCGUCGUCAAUCAUCCAUCCACCACCGUACAAGUCUCCAAUAUAUCAUCAAAGCCCUACUUUUCCAACUGAUGUUAACCAAUCUACAACUCUACUUGGAUUUCCAACAACAUCCCACUUCCAUGAUGACAUUAGGGCUACUAACUGCCGUUUUGUUGGACCUUCUUCAAAAAGCACAAGAAGCAUUUCGGAUUAUGAUUCUUGGGAUUAUGAUCUCAGAAGGGAACCUCAGCUACUUCCGUUUCCCCACAAUUCUUUGCCGGUAUUGGAGUCUCACAAAACAAGUCAAAAUAGUCCAAUGAAGAAUUCACAGCAGGCACAUAAUGUAGAGCCAAUUAUUGUUGGAUCAUCUGCUUCUUUGGAAGGCACAAACUAUAAUCUGCGGAAUGAUGAUAGUUUUAUUGACUUUUCGGUUGAAGAAACAGAUCCUCAGACUUUAGAAGACAUUAGAAAGAUGGGGGAAGGCAUAGAAGAUGAUGAUCUCAUGAACUCUUGGAAGCGCUUUCUAGAAGAGGAUGUCACUAAUGUUAUGUGA